AUGAUUGCUCAGACCUUGCCCGCAUCUACGACCCAUCAGGAUGAGGUGCUACAGGUGCCUUCCCGCGACACCGGCAGGUCCAUCAAGGUCCACGUCUACCGGCCGAAGAAUGCCACUUCGCCUAGCCCCGUACUGAUCAACUUCCACGGAAGCGGUUUCGUGAUCCCUAUGCAUGGAUCUGAUGACGAGUACGCUGUCCGCGUUGCGAAGGAUACGCCGUACACCGUCCUUGAUGUUCAGUAUCGACUGGCACCCGAGAACCCGUUUCCGGCGGCUCCUAACGACGCUGAAGAUGUGGUAAGAUGGGUUCUUGCACGGCCGAAUGAAUAUGAUCCCAAGCAUGUGUCCGUAUCUGGAUUCAGCGCCGGUGGAAAUCUAGCCCUCGGACUGGCCGGGCAUACCAUUCCUCAAGGCACCUUCCGACAUGUCAUAGUCUUCUACCCGCCUACCGAUCUGACUUUGAAGCCUCACGAGAAGACCGCGCCCGACCCCUCUGGGAAGCCUAUACCGGACGAGCUGUCCACACUCUUCAACAACAGCUACGCGCCGUCCCCGCCGCACGAUCCGAAGAACCCUCUUCUCUCACCAGCACUGAUCCCGGCAGAUCGUUUCCCGGACAACGUGCUCGUUAUCACCUGUGCCUGUGAUAGUCUUGCGCCGGAGACGGAAGGACUUGCGGAGAGAAUAAAAGCCGUACCUGGAAAGCAUCUGGUACAUCGACGGUUAGAGAAGUGCGAUCACGCAUGGGACAAGUCAUAUCAGCCAGGAACCGUACAGGAGAAGGCGAAAGAUGAGGCUUAUGAUCUCGCGGUCGAGAUGUUGGGUAGAUAG